CGUUGUCCACUUGGCAGACCAAGGCAUUGCAGAGGUGUACAGCGAUGCGCUGGAUGGACUCAUCCUGCCGAGUAGGGUUAAGGAUGUUCAGCAGCAGCUCGUUGACACGACGGUACUGGAAUUCCAGUUCUUCUGGGAUGCUGAAGUUACACAGUGUCAGGCAGCAGUUCCGCUGCACCUACCAGGGGGAAGAAGAACAAGGUGAAGGUCCUGGUCCUGCACUACGUCCUCCCGCAAAUGGAUUCGGGCUAGCCUGGUGCUCCGAGGAUCUGAGAACAGGGUGAAGAAGCUCUCAUGGGGUUCAAAGAUGCUGUCUGCAUUCACCAGCUCCACAUACCUACGUGAGAGGUGAUGUCAGAGGAUUCUUUGAGACAAGAAAUGAGUGAUUUCUGGCUGCUCAGACCAGAGAUGACAUCAGUUUAAGAAAGGAACCAAAAAGCUCCUGGAUUAUGAAAGGAGGAAAAAUCUGGGCGAAUACAGGGCCAUUGCAGGGUCAAAGGAUUGCAGAAUUUCAGGAUGUCCUUGGGGAACCCAAGAUUGCCCUGCAGAAGCUCCGUGAACUCUGCUUUAGUGGGAUUCCUUUUGAUGGUGGGCUGCGCUGCCUCUGCUGGAAGAUCCUCUUGAACUACCUCCCUGUGGAGAAGGCCUUAUGGAGCACCUUGCUGAAGAAGCAGAGGGAGCUGUAUUCUCAAUUCCUGAAGGAAAUGAUUAUUCAGCCUGGGAUAGCCAAAGCCAAUCUUGGUGUCUCCAGGGAGGAUGUGACCUUAGAGGACCAUCCACUCAAUCCGAACCCAGACAGCCGGUGGAACACUUACUUCAAGGACAACGAAGUGCUGCUGCAGAUAGACAAGGAUGUCAGGAGGCUGUACCCUGAUAUGGCAUUCUUCCAGCGCCCAACUGACUACCCCUGUUUGCUAAUCCUGGACCCCCAGAAUGAGUUUGAGACUCUCCGCAAGCGGGUGGAACAGACGACACUCAAGUCACAGACAGUGGCACGAAACCGGAGUGGAGUCACAAAUGUGAGUUCCCCGCUUAAAACAUCUGCUCCGAAUUCAUUGAGUGAGUAUGAAGUUCUGCCUAAUGGCUGCGAAGCUCACUGGGAAGUGGUAGAACGAAUCCUGUUCAUCUACGCCAAGCUGAAUCCUGGGAUAGCAUAUGUCCAGGGGAUGAAUGAAAUAGUGGGGCCUCUUUACUAUACCUUUGCUACAGAUCCCAACAGUGACUGGAAAGAACAUGCAGAAGCAGAUACAUUUUUCUGCUUCACCAACCUAAUGGCUGAGAUCCGGGAUAACUUCAUUAAGAGCCUGGAUGAUUCUCAGUGUGGCAUCACCUACAAGAUGGAGAAGGUUUACUCCACCCUGAAGGAGAAGGAUGUGGAGCUGUACUUGAAACUGCAAGAGCAGAACAUCAAGCCCCAGUUCUUUGCCUUCCGUUGGCUGACGCUGCUGCUGUCCCAAGAGUUCCUGUUGCCAGACGUCAUCCGUAUCUGGGACUCUCUCUUUGCCGAUGACAACCGCUUUGAUUUUCUACUGCUUGUCUGUUGCGCCAUGUUGACACUAAUCCGAGAUCAAUUACUGGAAGGGGACUUCACUCUGAACAUGAGGCUGCUACAGGAUUAUCCCAUCUCUGAUGUACACCUGAUUCUGAAGAAAGCGAAGGAGCUUCAGGACUCCAAAUAGUCCAUAGGCCUGGCAGUGUGUGUGAGAGAAACUGUGCAGUAGUGUAUCCUAGGAGACUCCUUCCUGUAUGUGGUGCAUCAUCAGAGCUCCUACAAUCUCUGCUGGACAUUUGGUUUUGUGUUCCAGUAAUUGGCCUUCUUGAAGACUUCCUUCUACUCUAUUAGGUCAAGGACUGCCUAUUUCCCCAGCUAGUCAGGUCCUGCACUCCAGGUUUUCCUAAUCUCAAACAACUCCACACUGCCUGAGCAGUGCUUUGUAUUUUUUUUAAUGACUAAGUUUGGGAAGAUGGAAAUUGUUUAGCUACAUAUCUCUCAAAGUCUCAUGAAAUGAACUUUUGUGAUCAUAGCAUUAUGGAAGCAUGUGCUCAUGCACAGGAACUUCUGCAUUUGGGGAAGGGACAGGCUGGGACCAGUGGGAUUUCGGUGAGUAUAGAGAAGAACGUCUCCAUGAAAAUACAACAUGUCACUUUGACGUCAUGCAUCCUGCUGGUUUGAGUAGCUGCUGGUUUUUGUUCCUUUCUGUCUGCAUUUUACCAUCUCUUUUGAGUGCACAAAAAAAAAGUCCAUUUUCCUCCUGGUGAGUGGCAGGUGAGGAUUUAAAACAGCAGAGUCUCUUCCAUUGGAAAGAGACUUUAAAAAGCUGGCAUGGGAGCAGGGGCAGCUCUAGGAAUUUGGCUGCCCCAAGCAGGGCGGCACG